AUUGAACCAAUAGUUUCAAAAUUUUAGGUUAGCUUGAGUGGCAAAACAUCUAUCCCAAUCUAAGCUUCUUUUCAAUGAAACCAUUUUCGUAUUUUUAAAAUAAUAACCAGAAGGCUGAGUUCAAACAAUUUUUCUAAACAAUGAAAAGGAACAAUAAUGGCAUGAAAACAUCUGGAAACGCAGUUCCACAGAUCCGUUCGUUAAUAUAUAAUUUAGACUCUGAGUUAAUGGAUUUGUCGUCCAAGUAUACUGUGAGAUAUAGUUCUUUUGAACCUCCAAUGAAGUUGAAUAAGCCUUCGAUUGCUACUUGCCACGCGUACAACAAAACUGAAAUGCAACUUCGAUCUAACAUGUAUUGUUCCCAGGCCGUUGAUGCCUACAGAACUAAAAAGAUAUUUUUAGUUUAUGGAAACUACAACACCGUACGAACUGAGUUACUUAAACGUGGCUGGAAGGAAAAACUUCCUCAUAACCGUUUUGGUUUGUUGCAGCAGUUGUCAGAGGAUGCCAUAAUACAAUGCGUCAGGCCGGGCAAUGACUACGAAAAAGUUAUUUUAUCGAAAAUUAUGCAUCACUUUCCAGCGUUUUUUAUUUGGCAGCCUAAGGGUAUGAUUGAUAAUUGUAAGGAUGUUCUUCCACAUAGAAAUCGAGUACGUCGUGAGGCCAAGUUAGAUUUCUCGACAAAAAUUGGUCUAAUUGGUUGCACUGAGCACGAGAUAUGGUUUCAAACUGACGGAACACGUAUGAGAUAUCCGCGAUUUUAUAGAAUAGGUGGCACUGCAGAGGAACGACAAGCAUUUAUUGAUGAUUUCCGGCAAACACAGUGUCGCUCCUUUAUACAAUAUUUAUCAAUGAAUUUGCACAGCCCAGAUUUGAACAUCGAUGCAGAGAAUGGGACAGUGCCUGCCUAUAUAGUAACAUUUGCUGUAGACUGCUUGAAAAAGUAUGUUGAGGAUAUGCAAUAUUUACGCCUUGAUGAAACAUUCAGCACUAACACAGAAACCGAUAUAGCUGAGUGGCGGAAUUUCGUACAGAGUUCCAAUAACGUUAUUGAAAGGAAAGCAAAAUUAAAAAUGGCUCUGAAGGAUCUUUCCGAAUGUGUACAUAGUGGUAUGGAUUACAUUUCAAGAAUAAACAAACGACACCCUGAUUUUAAAAUGGAUGGCUGUCUUAACAUUUGGAUUGUUAAGCCAGGAUAUCAAUGUAGAGGUAUUGGUAUUGUUCUUAGGAAAAAUUUGGAUGACAUUUUACAGUUCUCUAAUCGGUCCUACGUUGUUCAAAAAUAUAUUGAGCGCCCUCACCUUAUUUAUAAAACAAAGUUCGAUAUGCGCUUGUACAUGCUACAGGUUAUAACCGAAUAUAAAAUCUCGAUUUGGCUAUACAAGGAGUGCUAUCUGAAAUUUAGUUCGCAGGAGUUUAACUUGAACAAUUUGAGGGAAGUUGUGCACUUGACAAAUAAUUCUGUGCAAAGAAAAUACGAAGUUGACAUUAAUAGAGAUAAACGUAUACCAAAAUACAAUAUGUGGACUUCGGAGCAGUUUAAGAAUUACUUGAAAUGUUUGUCGACUGAUGAAAACAUUUGGGAUGAUAAGGUUUUUCCACGUAUUGCUAGAAUUUUGACAGCUGCUGUUAUGUCAAGUUUUGAUGGAACAGUAUUUGUUCCCAAUUCAUUCGAGGUUUAUGGCUGUGAUUUUAUGUUAGAUGAAGAAUUCGAACCAGUACUUCUCGAGAUCAAUGCUACUCCUGAUUUGUCACCUUCUACUGAAGUAACAGCUAAUUUAUGCCCAAAGAUGCUUAAGGAUUUAGUGAAAGUUGUAGUGGAUUUGCCAGAAAAUUCAAGCGCUCCAACAGGACUCUUCAGUUUAAUCCACAGGAGUCACUACAGAAAUUAUAUAGGUAAAAUAGAAACGUAUCCCAAAGUUUCGGGUGCAGCAAUGCCAUUACCAAGGAAAUCUACAAAAAGAAAAAUGUAAAUCUUAAUACCAUAAAAACUGUUAACAUUUUGGGUGCGGGAUAGAAGUGAAAAAAGCUAUUCAAUAAACAUCUGCACAU